AUGAGACCUGUAAGUAUAGAUGAAUUAUUGGCAGUAAAUAAGCCGAAAUUCAUACGGAAAGAUAAGAGAAUACGACAAGAAGCCAAAGUUGUCAAGAAGAAGAAAGUCGUGGUAGAAAAAGAUAACUUUACCACCAAGCCAGUGGUAAAUCCAUCUAAGAAAGAUAAGUUCAGUUUUGAUUGGGAUGAACAAGAUGAUACUUCUCAGGGUUUCGUGCCAUUGGUGGUAGAUGAAGGAGCUUAUGAUGACAUUGGUGGAAGGUCUGAUUGGAGGGAUAAGAAUCUACAAACUAUGACGUCCAGUGAUUGGAGAUCUUUCAGAGAAGAGUUCAAUAUUAAGACCAAGAACUGUGAUAUCAACCCCAUGAGAUCAUGGAAAGAGUCCAGUUUAGCUCCAGAGAUAGUCAAAUUACUCCUAGAGCUUGAGUUUUAUGAUCCCACACCAAUCCAGAGAUGUUCAGUCCCCAUUGCUGAACAUAAGGAUAUCAUAGGUAUAGCAGAGACUGGGUCAGGUAAGACGUUAGCUUAUUUGAUCCCCCUAAUGAAUCAUAUUUUGAAACUCCCACCCGUGCACCUACAAAAUCCAACAGAUAAGCCUUUAGGACUUGUGCUUGCACCUACAAGGGAAUUAGCCAAUCAAAUAAAGAAUGAGGUGGAUAACUUCACUUCUUUAGGUAUAAAUAGUGUUAGUAUCAUUGGUGGACAUCAGUAUCAAGAAACUAUCGAUGCAUUAAACUCCGGUGUUCAUAUCGUGGUAGCUACUCCCGGUAGACUUAUCGAUAUCCUUGAGAAGAAACUCCUUAAUUUGAGUGAUUGUAACUUCCUUAUAUUUGAUGAAGCAGAUAGAAUGAUAGAUAUGGGGUUCGAGAAGGAUUUGGAGAAGUUAUAUACUUACCUUCCUACCACCAGAAGGUCAUUGAUGUUCACCGCCACAUUCUCCAAAUCCAUCAAUGAUAUGACUUCAAAGUAUUUGCAAGACCCAGCCCAAUUGGUUAUUGGAAAGAUAGGUGAGAAGGUCGAUAACAUCACCCAACAAUUUGAAUAUGGCGAUGAACUCACGGAGGAUAAGAAAUUAGGAAGAUUAUUGACGGUAUUGAAAAAUCGUCCUACAAUUAUAUUUGCUAACUAUAUCAAGACUGUGGAGUAUUUAUCCCAGCAUUUGUCAGAGAAGGGUUACAAAAACGUCACUCUUCAUGGAUCUAAAUCACAAAUGGCCAGGGAGCGUGCUAUUGAUGAGUUCAGUAACAAUAAAGUAAAUAUCUUGGUGGCUACUGAUGUGGCAGCUAGAGGUAUAGAUAUUGAUAUUUCAUGUGUAGUGAAUUACCAGAUGCCAAAGAAGAUCGAUGAGUAUAUUCAUAGAAUCGGUAGAACGGGGAGAGCUGGGAAUUAUGGGUAUAGUUUUUCGUUCGUUGAUGGCAAUGAUGAACAUCUUUUUGUGGAUUUGAAGAAGUUUUUGAAGAAGAAUAUUCCUAGUUGGUUAGAGAGGAAGACGUCUCAGCAGACGAUAAGAGAUUAG